UUUCGGAGGGUAGUGGAAUGGCAGCAGCAGCGAAGGAGGUAAUGGGAGCGUGGAGCUGGGUUUCUCUCCGGGCCCCUCCAAGCUGUGCUCUCCCUCCCCGUUAAAUGCCUUGGGCUGCCUGCGACGCGGCUCCGUGGCCUCCCAAGGGGCGGCUGCAGCGACUUCUUCGGCUUUUGUUUCGCUCUUGGCCGCGCCGGACCUGCAGCCCCGGAGGCUGACUCAGAGCUCAGGCAGCUGGGCUUGCGAAUACAUAAGGGGCUCAAGUUGUAGAACAUUUGUGGAUAUACUUGAAGAGCACGUAAGCAAGAGGAACUGCAUCUUGAGUGUCUUAUAACAAAAUUGAACUGUUCUGGGGUCAAGCUUUGCAUUCUCCAACACUCAGAAGAACCUGCGAUUUCUAGAAUUUUAAGUGAAAAUAAGAUGACAAAAGUUUAAAAUUAAAACUCAGAAUGAACGUUGAAAAAUCAGAGAAUAAGGCAAAGAAUGGCUUGCAGUCUCCCUUAUUUAUCAGCAAUGAAAAUGGAAAUAAGUUUACAUGUAACAAAACUACAUUACCCUCAAGUAAUCAUACCACCAAUAUAAAUGGAAAUUCAGGUAGUCGAUGUAAUAAAAUGGCUGAGCAUGAAGAUAACCUGGAUUUUAAGGGUAUAAAUGAUUUCACAACUAUUUCUUUAAACCAGGAAUGUAUUGGAGUACUUGAUCUACAAAAGACUGAGGAUGAAUUUAUCUGUAGGAGGGCUUCAUUGCGUGAUACUGAUGCCACAUUUGUGUCUUCUGCAACUGAACAGGCUUGUAUUUAUGUCUUGAACCAUAACUUAAAGGAACCAACCAGCCUCCUAAAAGAGAACCUUGCCCUAAAAGGAGUGCAGAAUCAAAGUACUGAGCAACCAGUGCCUUAUAGACAGAUUGACUGUAACUGUGCAAUGCGUGUUACCCCUUUGGAAUGGAGCAAAAACUCUGAAAUCGAAAAUGAAGUAGGUUGUGCUCCUGUGGCAUUAGAUGUCUCUAGAGUCAAUGAAUCUCUUGGUAUGUUUAAAAACCAGGAGGAAACUAUGGGAAGUGAAAACCAAGAUGCAUUUCUCCCUCUGACAUUCAUCUCUUCUGAUGAAAUGUGUAUGAGAAAAAGUUUUGAUACAAGUAGCCCUGAAAAACCUCCUAGUUCGUCUGUGCUGGAAGCUUCAGGGGGCCCAAAAGCAUCAAAUUGUUCAGAUUGGGUAGUACCACCUCUUCCUUCUCCAGAUGUUGGAGGGGUUAGUGAACAACCUUUAAAAGGCACCAAUUAUGUCAAUGUAGCACAAAAUAGAGUGUCUCAAGAAAUGGAAAUUCAGUCCUUAAAACUAGUUGGUGAAUGGGUAGAUUGUCACUCUAAGAAUUCAGUGUCACCAGAGCAUUUUAAUAUGGACAAAGAUUCAAAAAAGUAUUUGCAUAGCACACCUGAACAUGCUGAAACUGACACAUCUCCAAACAGAAUGGUAACUAAUUACUCUGUAAAUGAUUUAUGUGCUCUGCCAAUACAGAGUUUUGAUCUAGGUACAGACCAAGAACAGGUGAUAGAUAAAGUGAGUGAGCAUUCAACCAAAGAACAAAAUGUCUGUGCUAAAAACACUGCUUUCCAAGAUGCACAUGGGUAUUUUGCAGUGUAUGAAUCAAUAGAAAGUACUAUACCAAAGCCAGAAGGGGCUGCUACAGCUGGGCUGAAAUGUGAGGCAACUUUUGUGGUCUUCAGUCCAACAGCUGGUGAAACCAGUCCUGAUUCAUGUAUUUCUACAUCUAUGACAGGAUCGAAAAAACCAGAAUUUUCUGUUUCAGCUUUGGCAGAAGCUGGAGAUGGGCCUUUUAAAUUGGGAAAGAAUGAUGCAUUAAUGAGAGGAUGCAAUAGAAAGAUUUCACUUAAAACCAGUUCUGAACAAAUUGCAAUGAAACCAAAAAACCGGUCUCCUAUUGUUUCUACUAUAACCAAAGCUAGAAAAGCUGAGAUUGUUAGCUUUCCAAAACCAAACUUUAAAAAUGUGAAGCCAAAAGUUAUAUCCAGAGCUGUGUUACAGUCAAAAGAUAAUGCUUCAUUAAAAAUAUCCCCGAGAUCCCCUCAACUCUCUACUGCCUCAUCACCUUCACCAGUUUCUUCCCCAAGGCAAUUGCCCUCUUCCAUCAAAGCAUCGAGGGAAAAACGUGAUUUAGACAGAGAUACUAAAGCAGAAAUACCAAUGACUAAGCCUCAUAAGCAACCUCUUAAUAAACAGCUGUUUCCUAGCCAAGUUAUACAUGCUACAACUCAUUCAAAGAACGCUUCUCACAAAAUUCCAAAAACACUUUCAGUAAAGCAGACUCCAGAAGACAUUAACAAAGCAAGCUCCUCCAAUUCAACAUCCUCCUCGGUUUCUGCUGCAGUUGUAACAUGUGUACAGAACUCAAAAGGGAAAUUGAAUGACAAAAUGAAAAGCACAAUGUCCUUGGCACAGCCUUGUGUCACAAGCACCUACUGGAGUGGAGCUGAAAAUGGGCAAAAUUGCAGUUUGGGAACUCUUUUGGAAAUGGAAGAGCUAAUAAAAGAUCCAGCAAAUGAAACAUUUGAAGUUGUCCCUGUUCCCUUGGUUUCUUCAGCUAAAACUGGGGCAGCACAAGGAAAAAAUAUACACAAGGAAGGCCCUAUCAGUCUUAGAAGUAUACCUGCCCCCAAGGUGAAAGUGGUGCCUUCUGUGUUUCGCUCUAGGCGAGGAAGCGAAAAUAAAAAUGUGUGCGCAACUAAAAUGUCAUCUCCUCAAAGAGCUGUUUUGCCAUCAAGUUCUGGAGUGGAAACUUCUUCCAGAGGGAAGCCUGCCUCCAUGAAAACAUCUCUAGCAUCUUGGACCAGUUCUGGCAAAUCACUAACUAAAUCAAAAGUACCCAUUCGGAGAACUCCUAGCAUCUCUUCAAUCAGUAGUACCCAGAGUGAGCAAAGUACUUGCAGUAAUAAUUCUACAAGUGCCACAAUCAUCAUCAAGAAUGGAGAAUGGCCUUCAAAAGCUACCUGUCAAAAUGGCAUUUCUGGAUCCAUCUCUUUGAAGCCAGUGCCCAGACCUAGAGUGUACUCCUUAAAAUCCACUCCAAAAGGAACAAAGAACAAGUCUGGUUCACCGAACCAAUGUAUACCAAAAUCAGCUGGACCAUUUCUUCCAGCAAGGAAAAUCAGUGAGCCAAGAGGCAACCAGCCAUUGGGUACUCCUGUACUAAAUGGACCCCGAAGACUGUUGUCAGUUUUCAAUUCUGUUGAGAAAGGCAAGCAGAGGAGUCCUAAAAGUUCAUGCAUACAUACACAAACCUCUCCAGAUGUGCAUUCAACUGAAACAAAAAAAUGUGAGUUGGCACAAUACAAAGCAAAAUGUGAGAACCAAAGUGAAAUUAUCCUGCAUUUGAAGAAAUUCUUGGCAAGCAGUAACCAGAAGUUUGAAGCAUUAACAGUUGUGAUCCAGCACCUACAGUCUGAGAGGGAGGAAGCACUAAAACAGCAUAAAGAGCUAUCUCAAGAAUUCCUCAACCUUAGAGGAGAGCUGGAAUGUAGCCUAAUAUACCAUGAGUUUCAAAAAUCCUGGAUUAACUGGCUAAAGCAGUCAUGUAACAGUGAGCAUAACUGGCAAUGCAGUACUCCAUUGUUUGAAAGUACACAAGAAUUAACCACUUCUGCAGCCUGUGAGAAAUUGGAGAGAGACAGGAAUGAAUUACAAGCUGCUUAUGAAGGGUUUGUGCAGAAGCUAAAUCAGCAACAUCAAAAUGAUCUGACAGAGCUGGAGGAAAGACUUAAACAAUUUUACACUGGAGAGUGUGAGAAAUUACAGAGUAUCUGUAUUGAAGAAGCUGAAAAAUAUAAAGCACAACUCCAAGAGCAGGUGGACAACUUAAACAUUACGCAUGAAAACUUCAAGUUAGAACUCGAAAACAGCCAUGCAGAAAAAAUAGAUAAGCUGAAAAAGGAAUAUGAAUCAUCUCUUUCAGAGCUCAAGAAUGCCAAUGAAUUGGAAAGGAAUUCAUUUGAAGAUUCAUUUAAAGAGAAACAGGAAUCAUUAGAGAAAAAAAUUGAUGAAUUAAAAAGGGAAAAUGAAUCUUUAAAUGAAAAGUUAAAGUUGGAAGAGCAAAAACAAAUAGACAAAGAAAAAGCAAAUCUGAAAAACCCUCAGAUUAUGUAUCUGAAACAGGAACUGGAAAGUUUGAAAGCAGUGUUGGAGAUCAAGAAUGAGAAACUACAUCAGCAAGAUAUAAAGCUGAUGAAGAUGGAAAAACUGGUGGAAAACAACACUGUCUUAAUGGAUAAAAUGAAGAAGUUUCAGCAGGAAAAUGAAGAACUAAAAGCUCGGAUGGACAAACACAUGCAACUUUCAAGGCAACUUUCCACAGAGCAGGCAGUUUUACAGGAGUCUCUAGAGAAAGAAUCAAAGGUAAAUAAGCGUCUAUCAAUGGAAAAUGAAGAACUUCUAUGGAAGCUACAUAAUGGGGACCUGUGCAGCCCUAAGAAAGUGUCACCUAGUUCUCCACCAAUGCCUUCUCAGUCACCAAGGAAUUCUGGCUCCUUCUCUGCUCCUACAGUAGCACCAAGAUGACCUCUUUUGAAAUGAGGGGGAGACUACAUAAAAGCAUUUCACUUGUGAUCUGCAGAACUGAUCCGAACUCCAAUCACGGGAGCAAGAGCUAUAUUAGCUGAGUGUGAUGACUGAAUUAUAACUGGAAUUAUUGGUGUGGAAAACUGUUCUAAUAUGGGAGUAAGACUUUAUAUUUCUCCUCCAAAAAAGACUUCAGUAAUGACUAUAGACAUUGUUGCACAAAGCACUUACAGAGCAAGGGAAAUCUUGUUCAUUGCCUUUUUCACCUAACUCUAAGAAAAAAGCUCAGGGGCUUAUAGAUAAAGACCACAACCUCUAUAAUGUGUUCCUUAUCACAGACACCUUUCUGAGACUGUGGAUGUGUGGUGUGGAUGUAACACACUGUGUGUGUGUGUGUGUGAGAGAGAGAGAGAUGCUGCCUUCUUUGCUGUGUAUGUAAUAAAGGACAAAACCUAAAGAAUAUACAUUGACAUGUACUUAAUAAUGUUGUCAAUAUGCAUGUUUUAUAAAAGGUUACCCUUAACUGCGGUUGAGGAGAAACUACCACUUGUAUUAUAGGCUAGUUUCCACCUCAUCUUUCUGCUUCUGUUUAGUAAGAGGAUGGCAGGAAAUGUUUUAUCUGUUGACUUGUCAGUGUCUCUACCUACCUUUAUAGUGCAAUUGAGUGUUUUUUCUAAAAAAUUCAGUCUGAUCACCAGAGUUGAAACUGCAGCCAUACUGUCUGAAAGCUUUUUAGCUUUCCCACUUGUAGCGGUAUCAUGGUCUAUUAAGAUGGCAGCAUUGCAUUUUUUCAGGAUACAGUCACGUUUAGAACACUUUUUGCUAAAAUAGAAGUGGGGAAGUAAGGUGAUAAUUCUGGAACAUUGAAAUUGACAAUCUCUGCAACUCUACUAUAAUCAGAGGUCAAAACAUUAAAAUGACUAGAUUUAGCAUUAAACCCCCAUACUGCAGACAUGCAACCAGACCCAAUCCCCUUGUCUGCUGAAAACAAACACCCAAACAAGCAACCAUUACUUCCUAAGAAAAGCCCGGUAAUUUCAAAGGCCACCUGUAGAGAAGAGGAGGGUCCUGAUCUAAUUGAAGACAGGAUUUGCAAACCAAAAAGGGAAAAAUAAGUAGGAUGACAAAACAUUCUUUGAAAGGGGAAUGAGAACUGUAAUAAGCUUCAAAAAGCAACUGAUACCAUUUCUCUGAUUUUUGAUGAAGUUUUGUUUUUUAAAUGUUGUGCCCUUAUUUUAACUUUCAGCAGUGUUACCAAUAUAACUGUAUGGAGGGGUGGGAAGAACAACAUGUGGUUCCACAGCUCACCUCUCCAAUGUUUCCCAAUUUCACUUGGAGGAAGUUUCCCCUUAAGUUAAAACAAACAUGUCUGUGUUGCUGAAGAUGGAUGUAACAUUUUACACUAUGUUUCGAAUUAAGGUAGUCACAGUGCAUCUCUGGUCUUGUUACUGUUUUGGUCUGCACUUCUUUUAAAAAUCCCAUGUAUCCUGUUUUGUAAGUACAGUUUCAACUUCUACUUAUGGUUACAGAAUGUUGUCUCUGCUUCUGAUUGGGGGUUGUUUUUAAACCAGGAAUAUUCUACUGUCAACAGUGUUAGCAAUAAGGUAAAUCUUGUGCUUCACUGUAUUUUUCCAGCAGACUGGGAAAGGAAGUCCAGUGGAUGGGAGGGGAAGGGAAACGAAACUUGAAAAGCAUUUCAAACCAAACAUUUCAUCUAGGAUAUGAAAACGCUGGCACUUCAGAAAGUGCAUGGGUGUACAAAGUUAUAGCAGUGCUCAUUCUGUAACUAUGAAAUUGUAAUAUAUUCAAGCUUGUAAUUAAAUUUAAUCUACGCAAUGUACAAGUGAAAUCUGACUCCAGGAACAUUUUACUUAAUUUGCCUCUUUUUAUCCCCUUUAAGGCACUGUACAUGCCACUGUAGUUCAAGUGGUGUCAGCAAUUAUAAACACUGUUUUCCACAGAUUUAUAACUUAACUGUAAAAAUCUGCUGUGGGCUGAAACUUGGCUUAAAAGUAUUUCUUAGAGCAUUCUUUGCUUUGAUAAGGUUAAGGAAAUUGGAUCAUGUAUAUUUGAGAUGUGUUUAAAAAUAAAUUUUUUUUUACUCGUUUGA